CGGUAGAGUGGCAAAGCUCACGGCAUGUCACAGGAGAAUGAGCUGACUGUCACACCUACAAGAAGUGGGUAUGAGACCCACAUGCGUCUGCGUGGCCCAGCCGAGCCGUCAGCUGUCUCCGGGCGUGGCCUCCCACCGCGACCUGGCGCAGACGAGGGCCGAGGCCACCGAGCCGGACGCAGCAGCGGAGGUGGCGGAAGCGGCCUCGGGUGCUGGCGAGUCGGCGAGCUCGGGCUUGGCCGAGCAAAGACGGCAUGGCAGCAGUGGGGCCCGGAGUGCAUCAGCCGAUGCGCGUAUUUUGCGGUCGUAUCAGAUGCACUGGAAGCUGGACAGCAAGACCAGUGUGUACGUGCCGAUGGAGACGACGGUGUAUGAUGACCAAGCCGAGGAGAUGUUCGUGGUAAGCAAUCCGGCGUCGGCGACGGCGACCACCCGGUCCAACUCACGGUCGCGGCGUGGCGAACGGCGGGUGCGAUCGAGCUCGGCGGCGUCAGAUGACGGCGGCACAAGCUGUGGCAGCAGGGACGAGGACGCGCUGAGCGGGUCUCGUUCGCUGUCGCAGCAGCGUCGGGCAGCGGCGUCGCCGUACGACCGAUCGCGCUCAGGCUCGCGACGGCGGUCUUCGCACGACUUUGACGACGAUGACCAAAUGCUGGCUGCGGUGGAUGUAGCCCCGCCACCGUCUGCCGCGCCACCCGAUGUGUGGAGCUACCGCUCGCAAAGCGCUGGUGCGAGCACCUCGCCUGCCCCACGCGGCUCAAGCUCGCCACGGGCCGAGUUAUCGGCGGAAACCGGACGCAGCACGGGAAUCCCUGCCUUGGAACCGUCCGAGGUCGCUGGCCUGUCGGACCGAAUGGCCGACUUUGGCCUUGCACAGGCCCAGGCUCAGGCCCAGGCUCAGGCCCAGGCCCAGGCCCAGGCCCAGGCCCAGGCCCAGAUGCACAUGCGCAUGCACAUGCACAUGCACAACUUCUUAAUGCUUUGUGCUAUGAGGAGCAGCAUGCAAGGCGGUAUGCCGGGCAGCAUGCCAGGGACCAUGCCCGGGACCAUGCCCGGGGCCAUGCCCGGGACCAUGCCCGGGACCAUGCCAGGGACCAUGCCCGGGACCAUGCCAGGGACCAUGCCCGGGACCAUGCCAAGGAGCAUGCCCGGGACCAUGCCAAGGAGCAUGCCAGGGAGCAUGCCAGGGAGCAUGCCAGGGAGCAUGCCAGGGAGCAUGCCAGGGAGCAUGCCAGGGAGCAUGCCAGGGAGCAUGCCAGGGAGCAUGCCAGGGAGCAUGCCAGGGAGCAUGCCAGGUGGGAACCAGGGGUGUGUGAGCAACCCACUGAUGCAAGGCUUGCACUCCAACAACGACGUUGCGGACUUUCUCAUGAUGGGUGAUCCUGGAACGGCGGCGAGCACGAUGGCGACGGACGCGGGUGUAGGCGAGCAGCGGCCGCCAAUGCCUCCGCAUGACGCGCCACCAGCGACUUCCGAGAACCUCGCGUCGCCGCCACAUGACGAGAUAUCUGCUGCAAUUGUGAUGCAGAGCUUAGGCGAUGGCGAGAAGAAGGAGGGUGGGUAAUUGGACGGGUAAAACACGAUUUGG